AUGGGUAAUGAUAUCAGCAGACCGAUUGUUCUCAAAGACCACGAUCCAAAUGUUCCACCUUCGUUGCAAUUCUCCAGGCACCGGAAAAUGGUGAUAGCGUCGGUGUUCAGUCAGACAAGGAAGUAUCUAUGCUUCUCAACCCUUCAUUCCUACGAAAAGUUCAAGAGUGCGGGCCGCAAAGUGGGGACGCAACAAAACCUGGACGAUGAUGGCUUAGGGGUUCCGGUGUUCGAGUUCGAGGAUCCGUAUGCCAUUUCCAGGAUGAUGAAGCAGGACGGCGUCAGGUUCCGGAUCUACAAAUUUGUACUACAAUCCCCGUUGGACCCUAUCCCGCACCCCAACUCCACCGUAGUCUGUCAGGACAAACAGAAAGUGAUCUAUAAGAUACCAUUUUGCGAGGUGUGCCGGCAUUAUUCUGGGUUCCGGCUGAGCUACAGCUACACGUUCUUCACGCCGGAGGGCCUUGUAGAGGUAUUGGCCAAAAAACACAAGGGCGUGCUGGACCUGGAUACCAGGCUCGGCGAGUGGAACGUUACCUGGCGCCAUGCGGGCUGCGGAAACUACGACUUGGUGGUGCUUCCCUCAUCAGCUCCAUCGCUGCUAGACGACAAAGAAAUUCGGAAAAACAAGGCUCGGGCUGGAGGUGGCUCGGACGCUCAUCACAAGGGGGCCGUGGUUUGGGCCAAGUACUGGGGCUACCGGGAGGCCUUUCUCCCUCACUUUACGAGGAAACUCGCUACGCUGGACGUGGGAGAAGUACCUUUCGAGACCGACGCUGCCGAAUACGGCCUUCGCAGCAUUCCCUGGUAUUCCCAGGUCAUCGCGUGCAUGGCCAUGGUACAAUGCCAAGUCCAACAGGAGCGCAGUCGCAGGAGAAACAGGAACAGCUCCACCGUCAACUGA